AUGGAUUCUGAAAAUCGUGUAAUAUUAAAUGUUGGUGGUAUAAGACAUGAAACAUACAAAGCCACAUUGAAGAAGAUCCCAGCUACUCGAUUAUCAAAAUUAACUGAAGCUGUGGCAAAUUAUGAUCCAAUAUUAAAUGAAUACUUUUUUGAUCGUCAUCCAGGUGUUUUUAAUCAAAUAUUGAAUUAUUAUCGUACUGGUAAAUUACAUUAUCCUACAGAUGUAUGCGGACCAUUAUUUGAAGAAGAACUUGAAUUUUGGGGUCUUGAUGCUAAUCAAGUUGAACCAUGUUGUUGGAUGACUUAUACAUCACAUCGUGAAACUCAAGAAACACUUCAAAUAUUAAAUGAUUUAGAUUUAGAUACAGAACGGAGAACUGAAGAAGAAUUAUAUUCAAAAUUUGGUUGGGAUGAUGCAUAUCAAUCUGGUAAAUUAACAUUAUGGCAAAGAUAUAAACCAAAAAUAUGGAUGUUAUUCGAUGAAUGUUAUUCAUCAUUAGGAGCAAAAAUUAUUGCUGUCAUCUCUGUAUUUUUCAUUGUUUUAUCCAUAUUAUGUUUUUGUUUAAAAACAUCAUCUAAUUUACGUAUACCUAUAUUAUAUAAUGAUACAACAAUACAAAUUCAAUCAAAACAUAUAACUACAAAUUAUAAAACAUCACUACAUUAUAUACCUUAUUCUACAUUAUCAUCAUCAUCAUCAUCAUCGUCGCCGCCAUCGCCGCCAUCACCGCCAUCACCGCCGUCAUCAUCGUCAUCAAUGUAUAGACAUAUCAAUACACAAUCAUUCAAUAAUAAUGAUCAUAAUAAUAAUAAUAAUAAUAAUAAUAAUAAUAAUGUAUGGACAAUACGUAAACGUAUGAUUAAAUCUCAUAUAUUAUUUAGUUAUAUAGAAUCUAUAUCAAAUGGAUGGUUUACAUUUGAAAUUAUUAUAAGAUUUAUAGUUACCCCUAGUAAAUUACAAUUUAUUAAAUCACCAAUUAAUAUUAUUGAUUUAUUAGCUUUAUUAUCAUUUUAUAUUGAUUUAUGUUUAACUAAAAUUAUGUUAACUGAAAUGAAUUAUGAAUCAUUAGAAUUCUUCUCCAUUAUCCGCAUUAUGAGAUUGUUUAAAUUAACCCGCCAUAUAGCUGGUUUAAAAAUUCUUAUUCAUACAUUUCGUGCUAGUCUUAAAGAAUUAAUAUUAUUAGUAUUUUUUCUUAUUGUAUUUAUUGUUAUAUUUGCUGCAUUAAUGUAUUAUGCUGAACGUUUUCAAUAUAAUCCACAAAAUGAUUUUUCAUCAAUACCAAUUGGUUUAUGGUGGGCUAUUGUUACUAUGACAACUGUUGGUUAUGGAGAUCAAGUACCAAAAACAUAUUUAGGUAUGAUAGUUGGUGCAAUGUGUGCAAUUACUGGUGUUAUGACAAUCUCACUCCCAGUUCCUGUUAUUGUAUCUAAUUUUUCACGUUUUUAUACACAUACUCAAGCUCAAUCUAAACUUCCAAAACGUAGAAGACGUAUAUUACCAGUUGAAGCAGUUCGACCAAAAACUUGUGGUCAGGUUCCACAACUCAGUUCUUCAGUAAAAUUAAAAAAUAGUCUUGGUGUUAUUCCACCUGGAAUAGCACGUAAUUUCAAUACAUCGAAUGAUUCUCCUAUGCGAUUACCAUUAAAUAGUGAAAGAAAAAACUCUUUCCCAGACAUAACUUCAAAAGUAACAGAGAAUCCAUCGAAUGAACAAACAAUUCUUAGACCAUUAAUACCAAGACGUGAAGAAAUGACAUUAUUACCUGGAGAUAAUCUAUUACAAUAUAAAGGAUCAGUUAAUUGGUCAAAAUCAUCUCUUAUUAAAGAUACAUCGAAUAAAUCAGAAACAAAUCGGUUAUUAAUGAAUUGUGAUGAGAAAGAAAAAGCUCCAUUUGUACAAUCUAAACAUCAAUUAUUUGAUAAUAUUGUCAUAGAUAAUACGAUUGCAGUGAAUCAUAUAGAUGAGGAAAACAAUUAUAAUACUGAAGAUAUGAAAGAGGACAUGAAAAAUCAACAUUUACCUAUAUCUAACAUUUGUCCAAAUAAUUUAAUUAAGAAAACGUUUAGAACAACAAAGAAUACUACUAACAAAGAUUUAAGUAGACAAACUGGUAAUGAUGAAAUUUCACAUUCAAUAAAUCCUAAAUUAUCUUAUUUCAAUUAUAAAACUCCAUGUUUUUCAUUUGAUGAAAAUGAUCAUAAUAAUAUAGAAGAGAAUUUUUUACCAUCAGAUAGUAGUUUAAAUCAAUUAGAAGAAUUAUUGACAUUACGUAAUCAUAAUUAUGAAAUUACACCACCACGUUUAUCAUGUGUUUCUGGGGAUAAAUUAGAAAUGAAAUUUAUUACUGAUUCACAAGCACCAACAUAA